CUGCGCACUUUUGGCAAAUGCAAGAUAGAAAGGACUUUACCAUUAACUACAAGUGAUAUGCAAGCUGAGCAAUGUGGUAGGAAGUGGUUUUCAUAAAGCCUCCAUUCACUUGAUAGCAUGUUAUCUAAUGCAGCAUACUGAGGCUUUAACUGAACACGGAGUUAGAGCCACGGUGGAGAGAGAGGAGUGAUAAUGCCAGUGUGAUGUAGAUCCAGAGAUAGAGAGAGAGAGGGGGGGAGAGAGAGAUGGACCGUGGCCAAUGAUCAGCGAGCAGAAGAACUAAAGUAAAGACACAAGAGAUGUCAUGAAGCCAGCCACUGUCCACAGGCCUAAACUGGAUGUCACAGAGGAUGAGCGCAGAUCAAAGCCGGAUAUAAAGCAAGAGCUGGUGAGGAGCAGCCAGGUGGUUUAGUCCAUUUAUUGCUUUUAUUCCUUAGUCCGGGUCAUUUCUUACUGUAAAUGCGCGAGCGAGCGGUGUAGGCCAUUAGCAGGGUUUAGUUUGCACCCCGAAAAACCCUCUCUCUUAAAUAUGAUAUCGAAAUCCAAGAUUCUACAAUAGCGGGGGCCGAGGAGGAACCGGAUUCAUCAUCUGUACCCCACGUUUCCCUCCCUUAAUGUGCUCAAACGGAGGUGUGUGGAGGAGAGAGCGAUUUGAGCCCGCAACCGAUGCCCGGAGAAGACAGCAGCCUGUGUGCAGGCAGCUGUGGACGGCGGGAAGGUGGUACCCAAGUGUCGGUGUUUAUUAUCUGGGAUCUGACACCGGAGGCGCGUCGCUGAGGCAUGGGCUGCGCUCCCAGUAUCCACGUCUCUCAGAGCGGGGUGAUCUACUGCCGAGACUCAGACGAAUCCAACUCCCCACACCAGACCACCACUAUCUCUCAGGGCACCGCGGCCACGCUCCACGGGCUCUUUAUCAAGACCGAUGCGGCCGAGACUAUCCCCUCCGUCAUCACCUACCAGAGCCGGCAUUCGCGCAACAACUCGUACCGGGAUCGCAAGGAGAACAGCGGAGGACACAUCUGCAUCGAGGCCGAAACGCAGACCAGCCACACCAGCGUCAAGGUUGCAGCUAAAGAAGAAUGUGUAGGGCCCAUGAGACUGACUCAGGAGCCAGUUCAGGUCCUGUUGGUGUUCGCCAAGGAGGACAGCCAAAGUGAUGCCUUUUGGUGGGCCUGCGACCGCGCUGGGUUCAGGUGUAACAUUGCACGGACGCCCGAGUCUGCUGUUGAGUGUUUCCUGGAUAAGCACCAUGAGAUAAUAGUCAUUGACGGACGCCACUCGCGCUACUUUGACCCUGAAGCCGUCUGCCGGUUGAUCCGUGCGACAAAGCCUUCCGAAAACACAGUUAUUCUAGCCGUUGUGCCGCAAAAACCGCCUGACCAGGAUGAGCCAUCUGUUCUUCCUCUCCUCUGUGCUGGAUUUAGCAGAAGGUUUGUGGAGAACAGCAGUGUGUCAGCCUGCUACAAUGAGCUCAUACAGAUUGAACAUGGAGAGGUGCGCUGCCAGUUCAAACUCAGGGCUUGUAACUCCAUCUUCACUGCUUUGGAGCAGUGUCAAGAGGCUGUGGAGAUCACCAGUGAGGACCACAUAAUACAGUAUGUGAACCCAGCGUUCGAGCGGAUGAUGGGCUACUACAAGGGGGAGCUGAUUGGGAAAGAACUGACUGAGCUACCCAAGAGUGACAAGAACAGAGCUGACCUGCUGGACACCAUCAACACCUGUAUCAAAAAAGGGAAGGAAUGGCAGGGCAUUUACUAUGCCAGAAAGAAGUCAGGCGACAGUAUACAGCAGCAUGUGAAGAUAACACCUGUCAUUGGCCAAGGAGGGAAGAUUCGACAUUUCGUAGCCAUCAAGAGGCCUCACAUUGACAACAACAAUCAGGUGACAAAGCCGCACAGGGACCGGAGUGAUCAUUCUCAGUCAGAGUGCCAUUCUCUGCGUCACAGAGACAGAAGGAAAGAUUCAGUUGAUGCCCGAUCGCUCAGCUCCCGUGGUAGUGACGCUCCCAGUUUACAGAAUCGAAGAUAUUCCUCCGUUGCCAGGAUUCACUCCAUGACUAUUGAGGCUCCCAUCACCAAGGUAAUAAACAUCAUCAAUGCAGCCCAGGAGAACAGCCCGGUAACGGUGGCCGAGGCUCUGGACCGUGUGCUGGAGAUCCUGAGAACCACUGAGCUCUACUCCCCUCAGCUCGCCUCCAAAGAAGAUGACCCCCACACCAAUGACCUGGUUGGGGGGCUCGUGAGUGAUGGACUGAGGAGACUCUCUGGGAACGAAUACGUCUUCUGCAAAAAUAUGAGCCAGAGCCAGCUGGCCAUCCCAGUCACUCUGAGCGACGUCCCCCCAUACAUCGCCGAGAUGCUGAACGAUGAGGAGCGCUGGGAAUUCAACAUCCUGGAGCUGGAGGCAGCUACACACAAGAGACCGCUGACCUACCUCGGGCUAAAGAUCUUCACAAGCUUCGGAGUGUGUGAGUUCUUGAACUGCUCGGAGGCCACGCUGCGCUCCUGGCUGCAGCUCAUUGAGGCCAGCUACCACUCCUCCAACUCCUACCACAACUCCACGCACGCCGCAGAUGUGCUGCAUGCUACUGCCUACUUCCUACGCAAAGAGAAAGUCAAGAGCAGUCUGGACCAGCUGGAUGAGGUGGCAUCGUUGAUAGCAGCCACAGUGCAUGAUGUGGACCACCCAGGCAGGACCAACUCCUUCCUUUGUAAUGCCGGUAGCGAACUGGCGAUCCUCUACAACGACACAGCCGUGCUGGAGAGUCACCAUGCAGCCCUCGCCUUCCAGCUCACUGUACGGGACAGCAAGAGCAACAUCUUCAAGAACAUCGACAGGAAUCAGUUCCGGUCACUGCGACAGGCCAUCAUCAACAUGGUGCUGGCCACAGAGAUGACAAGACACUUUGAGCACGUCAGCAAGUUUGUCAACAGCAUCAACAAGCCAAUGGGUGCCAUAGAAGAGACCAGCACAACUAGCAUGAACAGUGACUGUGAGGGUCAGGCGAACAUCAGGAACUCUCCAGAGAACCGUCUGCUGAUAAAGAGAAUGUUGAUCAAGUGUGCGGACGUGGCCAACCCCUGCAGACCGCUCGAGCUCUGCAUCGAGUGGGCUGGACGGAUCUCAGAAGAGUAUUUUGCACAGACAGAUGAGGAGAAGAGACAAGGGCUGCCAGUGGUGAUGCCAGUGUUUGACAGGAACACCUGCAGCGUGCCCAAGUCACAGAUAUCCUUCAUAGACUACUUCAUCACAGAUAUGUUUGAUGCAUGGGAUGCCUUCGCCAACCUACCUGGUCUCAUGGAGCACCUGUCGGAGAAUUACAAGUACUGGAAAAGCUUGGACGAGAUGAAGUGUAAGAGCCUGCGUCCUCCCCCUCCUUCUUGACACUCCUCUCAUAUACUGCUAUGAGCUGGGUGUAGACAGCAAACAGACAGUGGCAGAGUUCUUCCAGUCACCCCUGGACAUGGCUCGAAGUUGUCAGGAACUCUGAGAGCAGACAUCACUGUUUCCUUCUCAAAUCACAGCCUCUUUUCUUGUGAAGUUCAAGCUGGAGGUGGUGUCCUGCCAGUGGAGAACAGGUUGUCAUUUGAGGCCUCUGUCGACUCCCUGUUGCCACUUUAUGGCCUGGUUAACUAUUCCUAAUAGAACUUCUAUGAACUGUGCGGACCUCAUGGCUCACCUGACAAUCUGUACCAUACAGUUUAACACACGAGACACCUGCACUUUAGUCAGUUGAGAUGUUUUCAUACUGAGAUCCUUCUUGCUUUAUUUUGUCUUCACAGUUUUUUCUGUUCAGAUUUUCUUAAUCCUUUCAUUCUACAUCUGUAUCUUGCUGUAAAAACCCUGGUGAAUGAGAUGGCAUCCGAAGAUAGAGGCACUGUCUGAAAGAGGUUUGUUCUCGCUUGUUUGUGAAUGUGUGUAUUCAGAAGUUCCUUUUCAAAUUGCACUUUAUGAAGGUGCUCAGCUGGAAGUGUUCGUUCUGAUGAACUGUGGCCAGCAGUAUGAAACACACUCACCUGGGACCAAUUCUUAACAGUCAGAGGCCCCUAUUGACAUGUUGGAGAGCUCCUGAGACAGAGAAGCACCAGGGUCUGGUCAGAAGGGAGAAACCAGCCAGCACACAGGUUUUCUAAAUAUUCAGAGGUGGCAUCAAAGAAGGGCUGUUUUUGUGAUCACUGCUGGAUUUAAAGAUCUUGUAGCUACAUAACAGGUGGUGAAAUAUGUCACCCAAAAAUCUGUUAUGGUCAUUUCCUCUACAUUAUGGCAUUUUGUGCACUGUGGAAGCAGCCAAUGGAGAGCUUUGUUAGAACAAAUACAUUAGGAGAACUGCACUGUAUCAGAGCUGUUUAGGUUAGAUGCGAUAUGUUCUUCAAACAGUGAAAAAUAUGAAAUGUUAAACACAUAGCUUUGUGACACUAACUGUAGACAUUUGCAUCCAAAACAGCGAGUAUCUGAACAAUAUAAGCUUUCUAUGUGAAGCUACACUGACUGUUGUAUGAUGCACAAACAUGUUUAGAGGUGAAAAUAGGCCUCACAGUGGCCUGACAAGUGUACGUAGGAGCCCCUGAUCCGUGUUUGGAUCCUGUCCACUGUUCGUAACACCCAUCAGCUCUGGCUCUCACAUGAGUUUUGUUAAACCAGUUUUUACUGUAUCUCAAAAUCCCACUAACACAAUUCACCUUGCAGUUGUAUAACUGUUUUUAGGAGAUUUUUCCAUUUUUUAAAUUGAAAGUAUAACACAGAGAUUUGUAUAAUGUGCCUGCCCUCUGGUGGCGUUUUAGAAGUGGUGCAUGAGAGGGAGGGUGAUGAGGAGAGACUGGGAAUAGAAAGAGAUGAGAUAAGAUCCUUUAUUGUCAUUGUAACACGUACAACGAAAUUUUUAGAAUGACCUCCGGUUGGUACAGCAAUAGAAAAAACAUAACAUAUGAAAUAAGACCGUAUAGAAAAAAAUCACAGCUAAAAAAAUGAAAUGCACAACAGACCUCCCAGCAUUUAUAAACAAACUAUUGGCUUUAAUAUUUGGCAGCUGAACCAGUGUCAGUAUUAUAAUUCUUUUAGACUGAGCCUGUAUUUUUCGGAGCACUUUACCUUUAAUUUUUGAACACGUGAACAGUGAAGGUGGAACUGAGAAGUACUCUUGUCACAUGUAACCAUUUGAAAUGAGUUUAUAACAUGGGGAAAAUUUGAAGAAAAUUGGAUUUUCAGAUAUUUAGAAAAUACUGCUUUGGUGAAAUUGUGUAUUUUCAUUAUUACGUAUUACCAGUUCUUGUCCCAAGGCUCCAUCUGAGGUAGGAGGUCAUGUUGUUGUGUGUGUGCACAGUAUGUGCAUGUCCACAUUACACUAUUAACCAAAGGCACAAAGAGCCCUUUACAGGUGCCUUAUUUCUGGUCAUCUUACAGAAACAAAAGUAUUCUCUGACUGAAAUAGAUCCUCCUCUACUCCUAAAGAAAAAAUAUUCACAAGAAAAGCCAUAUAUGUUUUAGGAAUGUUAAAUACCUGACCUCUGAUAUGUUGUGUUACAGUCUGUGCUACAGUUUUGAGUUGGCUUGUUGUCCUGCCACAUGACAUUUUAAUCUGUUUUGUACUUUUGAGGAUUUUUAAAGACAGAAACUGAGUCAGGUGAAGUCGGAUCAAAUGUGAAUUCCACCAUUGGUUGUCAGUUAUGGUUUCAGUUCACUUUAAAGAGAUGUAACUGGUUACGUCCAUGUUCAGCGUACUCAUGACGAUAUGUAGUCAUUUCAGUAAUAUCAAGGUCUUAAUCCACGCCUUAAUCUUGUCUCACUGUUUAGAUGCUAUUGCUGCAAUACACUGUAAACAACUAAUGUAACUGCUGUUCUUGUAAAUUUAUCAUUUCUGCUUUGCAUUUACAUAUUUUGCUUAUGUGACUUUUGUUAUAUGUUGUGGGGGUAAUUCCAAAAUCUCUUAAACAAAAUUUUUAUUUAUUUAUUUUUUUUACAGUGACUUGAAAUGUGGCUCCACUGCCGACUGUUUCAGAAUGGCGAGUACUGAUCAUGAAAAGAUAUUUUGCUAAAUUUCUACUCACAAAAAGUGUAAAUAUUUUAUAUUUGCAUGUCAGAGGAACAGGCCUUCUCUGUGAGCAGCAAUGACUGGAAUGUGAAGAUAUGACAGCCAGUCACUUAACGCCUCACUAUGAAGCUGAGGCAAAACCAGAUUGUAUAACCGCUUGUUGAUAAGCCAUCUUCACUUACAGCAAUUUCCUCUUCUUCAUCUGUGGCAGCGAUGGCCAUGGCUCCAAUGUGCUGCAACAUGCCAUUUCUGGGUUUUGUAUAAUUUAACAGAACAAUUGUGAUAUUGUUGUAUAUGCUACAAAUUAUUUUUCACAGAAGAAACGUUAUUAUUGGCCGUGAGAAUUGUAAAGAGUGUUUUUGAAAGAUCUUACUGCUUCACACAUAUUAACAAAGGCUUUCUGUCAGUCACAAAAAAAUUGUUUGUUUGAAAAGUUUAAUGUAUUUUGCGCUUUGGAUUCUGAUAUCUUA